AUGUCGGCCACACAUGUCCGUUGUUCUACUGCAGCGGCAGCCGAACCGCAAGAAGCCAGUGUUGCACCAACCAAGGCUGCCUAUCAGGUUCUAGACAAGCCGCUCGGGUCGACGCGACACAUCCGCAUUGUCGCCAUUGGGGCCGGGGCGAGCGGCCUCAACAUGAUUCGCACCGUCCGGCUGAAUCUCACCGACUACGAGCUGGUAGUGUACGAGAAGAACACCGACGUGGGAGGCACCUGGUUCGAGAACCGCUACCCCGGCUGCCGCUGCGAUAUCCCCAGCCACAGCUACCAAUUCUCGUGGAAGCCCAAGCAUGACUGGUCAAACUUUCACUCGCCAGCCGACGAGAUCAACGCCUAUCUCAACCAAGUCUGCGACGACGAGGGCAUGAGGGAAUAUAUAAAGACAUCGCACGAGGUCAUAUCUGCCAAGUGGAACGAGAGAGAUGGGGUUUGGGGCUUGAUUGUCCGGAAUCAACACAGCAAGGAGUUCAGCGACUAUGCCCAUUUUCUCGUUGAUGGGACAGGAAUCCUCAACAACUGGAAAUGGCCCGCCAUCGAGGGCCUUGAAACCUUCAAGGGUAAACUAGUCCAUACUGCCCGGUGGCCCGAGGAUUUCGAGCACUCGGGUAAAAAUAUCGCGGUUAUUGGAAACGGCUCCACCGGAGUCCAAGUCCUGCCAGAACUCCAGCCUGAGGCCAAGAAGUUGUACCACGUCGUCCGGACGCCCACCUGGGCCCUCCCUUCGCGUAUCCAGGCGUGGAGGAUGAUGGGCAAAGUCCCCGAGGUCCUGAGCGCAGUGAAGAUGGACGAAAAUGAAAACUUCUCUCCAGAAAUCAUCGAGAGGUUUAAGACGGACCCUGAAUUUUACCGCAGUUUCGUCAAGGAGAUAGAGGCUGAAGUAAACAAUAACUUUCCAAUCGUCCUCACAAAUGGCCCUGUGCAGGCUUUUGCGCGGGACAACGCGACCAAGUACAUGACGGCGAUGCUCGGCGGCAAUAAGGAGCUCUGCAAGGCCCUGAUACCAAACUACCCGCUAGGCAGCCGGAGGAUGACGCCGGGCGACACGUACCUGCGAGCGCUAACGAAGCCCAACGUCGAGAUCAGGCGCGGAGGCAUCAAGCGGCUCGUGCCGAGCGGCAUCGAGUUCGAGACGGGAGAUGUCCUGAACGUCGACGCCAUCGUCUGCGCCACCGGCUUCGAGACGUCUUUCCGCCCGCGGUUCCCGCUCGUGGGCCGCAACGGCAAUCUCCAAGACAUUUGGAGCGAGGAGGUGCCUAAGGCUUACAUGUCGUGCGCCGUCGCCGGGAUGCCGAAUUAUUUUUCUUUCCUAGGACCCAACGGACCAAUCGGACACGGCAGCGUCUUCACGCUGACGGAGCACAUCGCCAAGUACAUCACGGGGGUGGUGCAGAAGUGCCAGACGGAGGGCAUCAAGGCGAUAGCGCCGUCGCAAGCCGCCGUCGACGACUACUUUGAGCACAUCUCGGCCUUCAUGCCGCGCACCGCCUGGGCUCAAGGCCCGGGCUCGUGGUUCAAGCGUGACGGCCGCCCCGACGGCGCCGUCACGGCCCUGCACCCCGGCAGCCGCCUCCACUUCUUCCACAUGCUGGACCACUUCCGCGGCGAGGACUGGGACUAUGUUUAUGACAAUGACCGCCAGAACAGGUUCCAGUAUCUAGGGAACGGCUUCUCGGCCAGGGAGCUCGACCCACACGCCGACAAGACUUGGUAUCUCGGUUCUUUAUCGUCACCAUCGUUGUAG